UUUAGCAAGAUAAUAAACGUGGAAAAUCUGAAAAGCAGUCUCAGAGUCUCAGUACAAAUGUACAAUGAGUACAUGAGUAGAAGAGGAAGAGAUUGAGAGAGGAGAGUGAAAGAGAGCGGAAAACUAAUGGCAGCAAUUAGCAGUUGUAAUACUAACAAUCCUCUACCUUCAACCCAAAGGUUACUAGGGAAAGUGGCACUCGUAACCGGAGGAGCCAAUGGGAUAGGAGAAAGUAUCGUACGUUCAUUCCACAAGCAUGGUGCAAAAGUAUGUCUAGUAGAUAUAAGUGACGAAGCUGGCCAACGCGUUUGUCAUUCCCUUGGUGAAGACGCGAACAUAUGUUAUUUACAUUGUGACGUUACCAAGGAGGAUGAUGUUAAACGAGCUGUUGACUUCACAGUAGGCAAAUUUGGCACUCUUGAUAUUAUAGUGAACAAUGCAGGGGUUGCAGAUUCUGUUUUAGACAUCCUUAAUGUAGACUGCUCUGAUUUGGAGAAGGUAUUGAAUGUCAAUGUGAAAGGUGUAUUCUUUGGGAUGAAGCAUGCUGCUAGAAUAAUGAUCCCAUUAAAGAAAGGCUCCAUAAUUUCUCUCUGUAGUGCUGCUGUUGUCGUAGCUGGUGCAAGUUCUCAUGCAUAUACAGCAUCCAAACACGCGGUGUUAGGCUUAACAAAAACUGUGGCAGCCGAAUUAGGACAACAUGGGAUACGAGUUAACUGUGUUUCCCCCUAUGCAGUUCCAACCAACUUGACCUUGUGUAAAUUUCUGGCAGAAAAAGAGAGGACCAAUGAUGCAAUUGCUAAUUUCCAGGCUUUUCUUCGAAGGGAAGCCAAUCUGCAAGGGGUGGAGUUGACAGCUGAAGAUGUGGCAAAUGCAGUGGUUUUCUUGGCAAGUGAUGAGGCAAGGUAUAUAAGUGCAGAAAAUCUUGUCAUUGAUGGAGGUUUUGGAUCUGUUAAACACUCUUUAAGAACCUUCAAAUGAUUUUAUGCUGUCUAUUAUUUAUGUAUUCCUCCAUUUUAUUAUCGGUGUUGUUUUCUAUAUAUAUAUUCCUCCCUUCAUAUGUAAUUGUAAUGUUUGCACUUCUAUUGUAUUUACACACUGGUCACACUCCCUUUGACUAUUUAUUAUGAUUUUUACGUAAGGAUAAACAUAGUCAUGUAGGAUCUUAUUAGAUUCAUCUCGUAAUAUACUUUCAUACUA